AUGUCACCUAUGGUCAUCAGCCUCACAAGUCUGGUGUUCUUCUUCAUCCAGAGGAUCUGGGCACAAGUGGGUGGUCAGGACAACCCCUCCCUAUCUGCCUGGCCAAGCCCCAUGGUUCCUCAAGGACAGCAUGUGACUCUUCGGUGUCACUCCCAUCACAAGUUUGACACAUUCAGACUGUACAAGAACAACGGCAUCUUCGUCUCCAAGCUCCGCAGCACAGUAUUGCAGAACAGCUUCCUCAUUGGCCCUGUAACCCCAGCACAUGCGGGGACUUACAGAUGUUGUGGAUCCUAUCUUGGCUCCUCCUCUGUGUGGUCAGCACCCAGUGACCCCCUGGUGAUUGUGGUCACAGGAAUCUACAGAAAACCUUCUCUGUUAGCCCAGCCGGGUCCCCUGGUGAAAUCAGGAAGGAACGUGACCUUGCAUUGUUGCUCUGAGAUCGUGUUUGAAAGCUUCAUUCUUCACAGAGAGGGGGUAUCCAAGGACACCUUGUACCUUGCUGGUCAGCGCCAUCAUGGGGGCUCCCAUGCUAACUUCUCCAUGGGUCCUGUGACAGCUGCCCAUGCGGGGACCUACAGGUGCUUCGGCUCUCUCAAUCGCUCCUCCCAUGAGUGGUCUGCCCCCAGUGGGCCCCUGGACAUCAUGAUCACAGGUCUACACCAGAAACCUUCUCUCUGGGCCCAGCCAGGCACCGUGGUGAGGUCAGGAGAGAACGUGACCUUGUCCUGCUGCUCGGAGAUUUCCUUUGAUGUGUACCAUCUAUCCAGGGAUGGGCAGCCCCAUGAGCUCUGGCUCGCUAAGGGGCAGAGGCAUGGCGGUGCCUUCACUCUGGGCCCUGCACACCCAGCCCUGGGUGGGACCUACAGAUGCUAUGGCUCUCUCAACCCCUCUCUCUGUGAGUGGUCAGGCCCGAGUGACCCACUGUACCUUUCUGUCACAGGAAACUCUUCAAAUAGUUGCCUCCUAUCCACAAAACCAACCCCCAAAACUGGUAACCCCAGACACCUGCAUGUUCUGGCUGGGCCCUUAGUGGCCAUCAUCUUCCUCGCUGUUCUUCUUUUCUUCCUCACUCGUCAGUGGUGCCGUGCCAAAGAGAAUGCUGCUAUAAUGAACAGAGAGCCUGAGGUGGACAGAAUGGUGAGCAGGGAGGACCCUCAAGCAGAAGACCCACAGGAGGUGAUAUACACACAGUUGGAUCAUUGCAUUUUUAUGCAGGAAAAAAACACUCCCACUUCCCGGAGGCCCGAGGAACCUUUGCAUGAUGACGGUGUGUACAUGGAAUUCGCAACAUGCUGA